GAUAGAAUUACAGAAGGUGUAGCGAUACAUAUCAGCUCGGUACAAAUGUCUCGAUACUACCGGGGGGAAUCAAUUUAUUGUUCACGCAAACAUGAAAGAUCUAUGCUUCGUCUCGCAGCAUUACAUUCGUAUGAGACCGAUUAUCAAGUCGAAUCAUGGUAUGAAAUCCGUCUUGUACAGCGAGGACUGCGAUCUCUGCGUGUACUUGCAGAUACCACCAUGUUCUUUCGGCCCGGACCGUGUACGAUGUUGUUGGUUCUACCACCACGCUGCAAACAGGUGAUCCUGGGGUGACCUGCGAGACCUGUCAGUGUCACCCACCUCGUGUCGAGUCACUUUCGUCUUGUACCCCAUUGCACGCGUAACCGUCUGAGCAGAGAAAAUGGGAAACAGUACGUACAUUCAGCCCAUUUUUGUUUCCAGCACUCAAUCCGAUGACAUUAGUCAUAAACCAGCUCCUUGUGAACUACGUCAAUUUGGUUUGGAAACUCCGUACCAUCUUUUCCACUGCGUGGAAAUUGAAGGAUUCACCUCCUGACGAAACACCCGACAACUAUCCUAAUCACAACACAUCAGCACUGUCAGAGUCGCAAGCACCUAUAAUUGGCCAGAAUUCCAGAGGGUGUCAAUCAUGUCUUGGACGUGACACCGAACCCAUCGCCCCGCCGUCAUCCGGAACCGCUCUCGGACAGUCCUAUUUUCAGACUGCUACAGUGGAGGAACAACUCGUUAGCCGCAGUGUCGAUAAAGGCAACGAGUUCCCUGAUUAUGAUGACUAUGAAUCUGUCGUACGAUCUAGAAUACAAACAGGCUACGAGGUCAUUUCUGCCUUCACAGAGACUGGCAAACCGGAGUCGUCGAUCAAAGUUCCUUUGCAAAGGGAAUAUACCGGCGGAGAGCGCAAAGUGAUAUCCUCCGCCCUUGCGAACGUUCCUUGCACUUGCCUCGGCAUUCAAGGUACCUUAGAUCUACUCAACUCCAUCCUUCGAACGUCAUACACCCUGGAUACACCAUCCCUCUCCUCCCUUCUCGAAGGCUGCAUCUCAAAAAGCUACGACUUUGGUACCGCAUAUGGCCGUCUCCGCCGGGUAUGGAAAACCGAUAACCCUGGCACCAUGCAAGACCUACUAUGUAGAGGUGAAGGGUUGUACCAAUGUAGGCAACGAGAUGCACUGGAAGGAAACCGGAUAGUAAACCCGCUGUUGCCUCCUCGACGAGUGUGGGACCUGUAUAGCAAUCGGGUGGUGCUACUGGGGACUGCUUUUAUAUCGACUCGACCGAUAUCCCAUGCAUGGGUGGAUGAGAAGGAUCGCGUCGACGUGUGGACCCCUAUCAACAGGAAGGAAUGGCCUGUGCCCAUCCCAAAAGAUGCGGACCUCGACUUGAUACGGAUCGAGAUGCUGAAUCUGGGAGUGCAGUACACGUGGCUAGAUGUGCUCUGUUUGAGACAGGAGGGUGGGCCGAGGGAGGAUCUGCGUGUGGGGGAGUGGAAGCUGGAUGUGCCCACAAUUGGACAGGUGUAUUGUGGUGGUGUAAAGGCAAUGAUCUACCUGAGUGGGUUGGGACGACCUUUGAGUGUGAAAGAGGGUGACUUGGAUAGUGAUCGGAGUUGGUUUAGGCGUGCGUGGACACUGCAGGAGGUCGGGAAGGAGAGGAUCAUUGUUGGGGAUACGCCUGAUGGACCGAUGCAUGCCAAGCCAAUAGACAAGGAUGGAAACUACGAGACGGAGAUACUGACGCGAUUUCACAUGCAGGUAACAUCCUUAAAGAGCAGAUAUCGGCGUAGAGCAUUAUUUCGUGCACUGGCAAACAUGCAGAAGCGAGUGUCAACCAACCCUGUGGAUAAAGUGGCAGGACUGGCAUUCCCUCUGCUGUCCAGGACAAUACCAGCGUACCAUGAGAGCGAGUCUCUCGAGGAUGCAUGGACAGCACUUGUGAAUGCAAUGCACACUGUGAUGAGGGCGACCUUCCUCUUUUUGUAUCCCGAAGUAGGGACGAGGAAGCAAGAAAUGGAGGCCGUCAUGGGAGCAGGUCAUGACAGAGCCUCUGCCAGUGGAUGGUGACUGUUUGGGGGAUGUUGUGCAUGAUGACGAGAAGGAUGAGGACUGGUAUGAAGGGACUUUGCAUUGAAAAGGUGCUUGUGCGGGGUU